CGUCACUGCCUCAGAGUGAGGAGAGCGAGCUGGGGAGAGCAAGGCAGUUCCGAGGGAAGGACUGUGCGAGGCAGGCAGCCCUUGAGGCUCUGCUCGCUCACCUUCCACUCUUCCUCCUUCUCUCAGUCAAUCUCUCUCUCUCUCUCUCUCUCUCUCUCUCUCUCUCUCUCUCUCUCUCCCAUUUUCCCUCUCUCAAAUCACCAAUUUCGCCAAAGGAAGGAGGUAAGGGGAGCGCCCCCUCCCUCCAAAAACUACUAACACUUCCACAGUCGGGACCGAGUGGUCGCUGGCUGGCCAUGGAGCUGCUGUGUUGCGAGGUGGACCCGGUCCGCAGGGCUGUGCCGGACCGCAACCUGCUGGAAGACCGCGUCCUGCAGAACCUGUUGACCAUCGAGGAGCGCUACCUCCCACAGUGUUCCUAUUUCAAGUGCGUGCAGAAGGACAUUCAGCCGUACAUGCGCAGGAUGGUGGCCACCUGGAUGUUAGAGGUCUGUGAAGAACAGAAGUGCGAAGAGGAAGUCUUUCCUUUGGCCAUGAAUUAUCUGGACCGUUUCUUGGCUGGAGUCCCGACUCCUAAGACCCAUCUUCAGCUCCUGGGUGCAGUGUGCAUGUUUCUAGCCUCCAAGCUCAAAGAGACCAUCCCACUGACUGCUGAAAAGCUGUGUAUCUACACCGAUAACUCCGUGAAGCCCCAGGAGCUGCUGGAGUGGGAGCUGGUGGUGCUGGGCAAGCUGAAGUGGAACCUGGCUGCUGUCACCCCUCACGACUUCAUCGAGCAUAUCCUGCGCAAGCUGCCCCAGCAGAAGGAGAAGCUGUCCCUGAUCCGCAAGCACGCGCAGACCUUCAUCGCUCUGUGUGCUACCGACUUCAAGUUUGCCAUGUACCCACCAUCGAUGAUCGCCACUGGAAGUGUGGGAGCCGCCAUCUGCGGGCUUCAGCAGGAUGAAGAAGCGAACACGCUCACGUGUGAUGCGCUGACCGAGCUGCUGGCCAAGAUCACCCACACUGAUGUGGACUGUCUCAAAGCCUGCCAGGAGCAAAUUGAGGCUGUGCUCCUCAACAGCCUGCAGCAGGUCCGUCAAGAGCAGCACAACGGACCCAAGUCUGUGGACGACCUGGACCAAGCCACCACCCCUACGGACGUUCGGGACGUUGACCUGUGAGGACGCCGUUCGGGGCCCGCAAGAGAGAGGCGUGUUCGUCAUCUGCUCGCUCCUUCUCUCUCUAGUUACGCUUGGUUCUUUGUGUUUUAGGAUGAAACUUUAAAAAAAAAAAAAUCUGCCCCCACCUAGAUCGUAUUUAAAGAUCUUUUAGAAGUGAGAGGGAAAGGCCCUAUAAUUUGAAACGCAUGUGGUGCCUGUUCAAAGUACGGCAUACGGGGAUCCCUUGUCUAAGAGAACAGUUGUUUGGUGAUGGAAGAGUCAUAGUAAGAUGCUUACAGGAGAGCGCGCAGGCUAGCUCCAUUACGUACACCUGCAAUAUUGGAACAAGUUAGAGAAAACUGUCUUUUGUGCUUGUGAACUAGUCCAUAUGCCCCUUUUAGUAGAAUUUCAAGGAGCCGUGGAUGCCAGUAAGGCAUGCAUGAUUAGAUUGCAGAGCAGUGAGCGCAAGAAGGAAUCAGAAGCAAGAAGGGACGCGCUGGGGAGGUUGCACAGAACUACCUGUCCACAUGGCUGAACCAUUUUGGAUGUAAGAAGCGCCUUGACGCCUCACCACGUGUUACCAAGACUUAGCAUGGCGGGGUCUCUCCGUUGCAUUCUCUCGCUGUCUACAGUAGCUGCUAUCUAAGGGGUAUGUCUUUUGCCAGUUGGACACAGAUGAUUGGCUCCUAAGUCUCAUAUUUGGUGAGUUUGUGCUUCUUCCUCCAAACAUGGUUCAUUGUAGAUGUACCUACUGCUAUCUAAUGGAGGGGAUUAGCUAUGGGCCAUGACCAAAACUCAUCUAAAUGGGGGCAGGUGGAGACCACAAGUGAACCUGAAACAAAGCUAUCCUAUAUAACGGAAGAGGGCGAGGCAAUCUUUAAUCCCUUAUUAGGAAAACAACAGCUUAGCUUCUGGUGCUGACUGGCAUGUCUGGUCCACAGUUUAACGUUGUUAUAAACCAUUCCAUUAGAAAAGCACUUUGAAAAAUUGUUCUGGGUUGGGGUGGUGGGGGGGAGGUGGGUAGAUGGGAUGGUUUAUGCAAUCAUGUUGAAUACUCCUUCCUUCUUUGCCCCCCCCCCCGUCCCCUUCCUAGUAUUCAUUUUUGGAGUCUGAUGUUCUGGUACAUAACUCUGGUGUCCCUACCAGGACUAAGAGGUCCUUCCGCUGACAUUCCUAUCCCAGCCUAAAAACAAAGGUUUAAACCAUUCUGGUGGCAUAGAAGGAUUGAAUCCCCAUCUGUAAUUUUCUUCUUUGGACAUGAAAAGAAACAUCAGGUGCGGCAUUUUGUUACCUUUUCUGUUUUUGGGUUGUUGUGUUUUUUUUUUUCUGUUUGUUUGUUUAAUUUUACUGCAAAGUUGUAUUCAUCGUACUUGAAUUUUUCCUCUCCUACUUCUUUGAGGCAAUCAGCAAAUGGAAGUUGGAGCCACAGUUGUCAAUUGACAGGAAAUGAAGCUAUUUGUUAAAAUAUUUGCCUUUUUUUUUAAAGAUAAAAGAUCAGAACAGGGCUGCUUUGAAGAAAGAAUUUCAUACACAGGCUCUGCCUUGUUUCCUAGCGUGAGGGUUGAAGACGGAGAAACAGCUAAGGGUCUCUUAUCUUUUGUUUUCUUUUGUUCUGUUUAUUAUUAUUUUUCGCUGCUAAGCUGAGAUCAUUCAUCCCUAUUCACAUUAACAGUACCUAGCUGUAAUGUUUCACGGUGUGCUGCUAUUUUAGAAACAUUGUUAUAAUAUAUUAUUUUACUGCUUCAAUUUCAAGUCCCGGAGUAGAUGGUUGAGAUGAGUUCUUUGUACUGGGAAGGCUUUUUCCUCAGUUCUUUCCUUCAGGUAGCAUAGCAUGGUUAUAUUUCAUCCGUUCUGUUUCUCUCCUUUCCUUUCAUGGAUCUCCCACCCCCAUCACAUUCUUCAAAGAGAGUAUUCUUUACCUCAGGUUUACUGGACAAAAUCAAUAAUGAUAACAAUGUAUGUUUUUGUUUCACGAUACCUCGCAGCUAUAGUUUCUAUUGGGAAGGCCGCUAGCAGAAGGCACAGGCAGAGGGCAGGCAGAAAGCAGAAGCUGGGCAUCCUAGGUAGAAGGCAGAAGAGAUCUGACCUUAAGGUCUCAGGCCCGGGGAUCUUCUGCCUCGCAGGCUCCCCUUUGACUCAGGCUCCCUCCUCAUGAUAAAAGCACGCCAAAGGGCUCCUCCACACGAGGCAGGCACUCGGCAAACACAGGCAGUGGACCGGGCAAGCCUGAUUUGUAUGCAGUCCACCUGGAUCAACAAUCAAAAAUUCCGGCAGACAGUUCAUAGACACACACACACACCCAUCUUGUAGCCCAUCUGGGAACAGGACCUUCUUCUCUAUAGGGCCCCUUCAUCAUGAAAGUUGACCAGUUUAAUUCUCCUUGGCACUGAUACCCCUACUUAGGAUGGUCUUCAAAGUCUUCCUAGGACGGAGUCUGUGGUGCUGAGUCUCCCAUCCUCCACAGUGGCAGGCAAAUGUUGUGCAGGGCCAAGGUGUCUGUGGGUGGUAUUGAAUGGCUUCAGGUUUUGAGUCCCAUUGAGUGUGUCAGAUAGGAAGCAUGGGCUGAAGAAGUUUGGGAUGCACACCGAAAGGGAGUGAGAGGCCGUUCCUCCGGUCUCAAAUAUAUUUAGGAAGGAUCAGGACUCGGGGAGUUAGCAUGACCCUAAAAUUCUAGGGAGUUUGUGGUGGAACUGUGAGUGAUGAAUUGGGAAGUGUGACGGGGGGGGGGGCAGGAAGGGAGCAGCCUGCAGCUAGCCAAUGUUUAUCCAGAGCUCACUCUGCACAGCCCAUACUCCUGGUCUUUAAGAACCAGACGAACACAAUCACUUGAGUUCUCGGGCACCUGGGGUGCCUGAUGAGUUACCCAAGGCACUCAUGACCUUGGGGUUAAACAGAAUACUGAAUGAAGGAAACUGACCCAGCAGAGAAGAGACAGGCUACUGUCUGCCCCUCCAGUCCUCUCAUCUGGGAUGAAGAGGACACUUCCUGUCUGCCAUCCUCAGAGCCUGUCUGAUGAAGGGUGCAGAGUGGUUGUUCUGCCUGCUCUUUGCUUACACAAGGUGGGGAGCCUUGAUUCCUUGGUGAUCAGUACCCUCUGCUUAAAUCUGGGUCUCCAUGGUAAUAUUUUUGUCCCAAAGGGGUACAGAUCACCCUGUGGAUUUCAGCUUGCUCCCUCACCCCCUUCACGUCCUUCAAAAGGGAUUGCAGACUCUGAUUUUUUUUUCUGCCUUGUUAAGAAACUCUUUUUUUUUUCUUGUUGUUUGUUCUUUCUCCAUCUGUGGGGGCUAAGUUGGUCCCCCAGCUUGCCAAAUUUUGAUCCUUCCCUGUUUCGACCAAAUCUUAGUGGGGAGGAAACCCUAGUAUGCCAAAAAAUAAUAUGCUAAGCAUUAGGAGAUUCAGAACAGUUCCUAAUAGCCAGGCAGCCUGCAAGAGGACAAAGGCUGACCAUCCAUUGAGUAGUGUGCUCCUUCUAGAAGAGUCAGCUUUUAGGGGUUGUCUUGGUGUGCGCUGUCCCCAGGACACCAUGGAAGCGCAGGGCACAUCUUGGAGGUAGUUAAUCUUAAAGUGUGUGCUAACCAAGCUCUGGCAGCUCCCCGGGCUAGGGGUAUAUGGAGCUGCCCUGGACCCCAUCCUGUUGCUAGCAGGGUAAGUGGCCCCUCAGAGGGAGCUUAAUAGCUUUCUUAUAGCCUAGCUAUUUGGGGAUCUACCAAUCUGUGCCUUGAGAGCUAUAGGACCAACAGACAAGAUUGGACGGCUUUCACAAAGAGGGUGGAUGAGCUUUCUCUGUAUGGGUGGGCUAUGGAGACAGGCCUGGGAGGAUCACACUUGUACCUUAUGUCCUGUAAAUACUGAUUUUCUAGUUCAAGAGGGUAUACUGGUGGUGUGGAAACUGGGGGUAGCAAUGAGAAGUCUAAGUAAGCCAGCUGACUUCUAAGUCCAAAGGAUUCCUCUUUGCUUAUCUUAGGCAGUCCAACCUUGGGAAUAGCUUUAAAAGGGAAAUGAAUACCGAGACAGUGAAGUCCUCUUAGGUCAACAAGCCCCUCCAUAGGUACACAUUGCACACAGGCAUUUCUCGGUGCAGACGCCGGGUGGCUCUGAACAGCUGCCGCACGCUCAUCCAUUUGGGUAGGAAGAUCCAGGAGGUGUUGUGACUUCCUUACCCCACGUGGCCUUUGAUGUUUUUAGAGUCUAACAACACAGAAGAGGUGCUCCAGCCAGAACCUGUGCCCCCUCUGCUUUUAAACUUGACUGGGCUAGCAGAUAGGUUUUUGGCUCUAGUUUUAAGAAGCCAUCAACAAAUACACACACCUGAUGGAGCUGCAGGUCACGGCUUUGCCCGCAGCCCACUCGUGGGGGAGAAGUGCCUUACUGACCGUAGCCAGCACAGUAGCCACUCGAUUUCAACAGGUGCCUAUCUUUGACAAAAAAGGAAAAAAAAAUUUAAAAGGUCUCUUAAUUUUUAUUGGCUGUCAUUCUUGGCUGAUCAUCAUGUAUGUCGUCCCCAGCAAGUCGCCAGGUCAUCAAAUUAUCUCCCUUAUGUUUAUUAUCCUUCUGCCGUGUACCUCAGAUCUAUCAGUUAUGAUCUCUUGUCUUGGAUUGUUUUUUUUUUCCUUUCUUUUUUAAUUUGCUUUAAGAGUGUGAUACCAUAUCAUAUCGAUGUUAUUCUCUCACGGUGUAUUCUAUAACAGGUGUGGGUGGGUUUUAUGGUUGGGAUGCUAGACAAUGCUAAAGUAGCAUGAUCGUGUGGGGAAAAAAAAAUAAGGUCUUUAGGAAAUCCGGGGGGAGCGUGGUGUCGGCUGUGAUGGUCACAGUCAGCUGUUCUAAGUGAUCUUUUAAAAGGCAACUUGUUCUUCUGACUCGUGUGCAGUCAGAUUUGAGGAUGGAGUUGGAAGUGGUUUUGGAUGCAAUUAGGUUAUGCUAUUUGGACAAUAAACUCACCUUGACCUAAAA